AACAGUAAUAGAACAAAACUGGGUGAAAACAGACAGACAGAUGUAGGAAGGCCCGGCUCGCAAGCUUACACUCUAUAGGGAAAUAGGCAUUGAUACACAAGGAUAGAUGCUACCUAUUACAUAAUGGUCCACCAGAUUGAUAGGUUCUUGAUGGGUUGUAUGAUAUGAUCACCCAGUAAUGUUGGCAAAGGGUCAGGAGGGGGAUGUAAUUAAAUAGGGAAAACUUGAAGGUUAUGUGGGUGGGUCUGGAAUUUGAUAGGCUUGUUUGAAGAGGUGAGUUUUCAGGGAACAUUUAAAAGUUUGGAGACUAGAGGUGAGUCUUAUUGGGACAUAGAUAAGAGAUCCUGCUGUAAUUGUGCUGUGUCCAUAAUGGCACUAAAUAUAGCAGGGACCCUUCUUCUGGCUACUGGGGUCACUCUCCUGAUUUACCUUGUAAAAUGGUGGAGUAAGAUAUCACAGAAGAACCAGCCCCCGGGGCCCACACCUCUGCCCCUGCUGGGGAAUAUCAUGCAUGUCAGCACCACAGAAUUCCCACAGUCUUUGGUUAAGCUGAGUGAGAAGUACGGACCUGUAUACAACCUCUACAUCGGCAACAAUCCUGUAGUCAUGCUGAUUGGCUACGAUGCUGUGAAGGAGGCGCUUGUUGACCGCAGCGAUGCGUUUAGUGACAGAGGGGAAAUGGAAUGUACAGAGCCGUUGUUUAAGGAUUAUGGGGUCAUCAUGAGCAAUGGGGAAAGGUGGAAGACAAUGCGUCGCUUCUCUCUCAUGACUAUGAGGAAUUUUGGAAUGGGAAAGAGAAGCAUUGAGGAAAGGAUCCAGGAGGAGGCCCAGUGUCUUGCGGAGACAUUCAUGAAGAAUAAAGGAACUCCAUUUGCUCCAGCAUAUAUAACAAGACAGGCUGUAUCCAAUGUUAUUUGCUCCGUUGUAUUUGGCAAGAGAUUUGACUAUGAGGACAAGAAAUUCAUAACCCUCCUGUCAUACGUUAUAGAUGUUUUCCAUCUAGUAAACACUGCCUCGGGUCAGCUUCUUAAUUUCAUGCCAACCUUGAUGAAAUAUGUCCCAGGCCCUCACCAGAAACUUUUCUCAACUUUCACAAAACUGAAGGAAUUUAUAAAGGACAUGGUGAGGUCUCAUAAAAACACAUUGGAUAUGGACUGCCCACGAGACUACAUAGACUGUUUCCUCAUAAGGAUGGAAGAGGAAAAAAAUAACCCAAACACAGAAUUUCAUGAUGAGAACUUACAGACGGCAGUAAUUGACCUGUUUUUUGCUGGGACCGAAACUACAAGUUUGACACUGAGAUAUGGAUUCUUGAUUCUGCUCAAAUUCCCUGAAAUACAAGAGAAGGUGCAUGAGGAAAUAGACAAUGUCAUAGGCAGAGAUCGCUUACCAUCAAUGGAGGACAGGAGUAAGAUGCCGUACACAGAUGCUGUUAUACAUGAGAUCCAGAGAUUUGCUGAUAUUGCCCCUACAGGACUGGCUCAUAGAACCAGUAAAGACACAACCUUCAGGGGAUAUCAUAUUCCAAAGGGAACAAUGGUGUUUCCAGUCCUUACCUCUGUCCUGAAAGACCCCAAACAGUUCAAAAACCCAAAGAAGUGUGAUCCUGGACACUUUCUUGAUGAGAAUGGUGGCUUUAAGAAGAAUGAUGCAUUCAUGCCAUUUUCUGCAGGAAAACGCAUGUGUAUGGGGGAGGGUCUGGCUCGGAUGGAACUCUUCCUCUUCUUCACCACUAUACUGCAAAAGUUUACAUUGAAGACCACAGUGGACAUUAAUAACAUAAGCAUAACACCAGAACCAAAGUCCAAUGCUUCUCGACCUAUGCCCUAUGAGAUGUUUGUUGUCCCUCGCUGAACAAGUGUUUACUGUAUAUUACACCCAGUGACACAAAGGGUAUAAACAGCACACCACAACCAAAUAGCAAUGACUGUACUUUAAGAAUACUGAUGUUCUUAACACUAUAACAACAAAAUGUAUUUUCUGUUCCAAUAUUUCAUGAGCAUAUUACUUCAAAAGCUGAAUAACUUGAAAAAAAAAAAAUACAAUACAAUUAGAUUAUUGUGAUGUUUUGUUUUCUAAAACAUGUUACACUUAAUAUAUUUCGGACAACUUGGCCUUUCAAGUUGGUAUACUGUAUAUAUCUUCUUUGCUCUCACUGUUCUAUUGCUUUCUGUAUAUGUGCAUCUCCUGUACUAUGUGUUUAAAAGUAAUUUUUGCUUUAUGAUCCCUGGGAAAAUAUUGUGUACACUUUAGUGAAAUUAUAUCUUUGUUAUAAAAAAGAAGAUUGCAUUUAGCCUAAAAUACAGAUGUCAAUGGUUGAAAGCUGUUGCCGUGUAAUCUACCUUUGAUAUAUAUACAGUUGCUUAGGCUACAAUCACAAAUCUUGUAAUGGGACUUUUAUAAAAAGUGGUGUUUAUGUAUAUUGUGACUGAUUAGGUUUGAUUGGCUUCUAUAGGGGGGUACUCACGGAGCGAUAUUCUAAGCAAUCUGACUAGAUUGCUUAGAUUUUAAGCACGAUCGCUCCGUGUGUAGCCCACUCAGCGAUAGCGAUGCGCAGCCCCGUGCAUCGCUAUCGCUGCUGCUAGAUUGGCCUGCAUGCAGGCCAAUCUAGCGUGUCGCUCACUUCACCCGCUGGGUGAAGUGAGCGGCCCCCCCGUCUCCCCCCGCACGCUCAGCACAGAUCGCGCUGUGCUGAGCGCCGGGAGAGAUGUGUGCUGAGCGGUUCGCUCAGCACACAUCUCUCUGACAUCGGCUGGUGAGUACUGGCCUUAUGGGUCACAUUUAGAGAUGAGCAGUUCAGUUUUUGCAGAAAAAGAAUGCACCUGAACUUCAGGGUUUUGAGCUAAGACGAGAACUGGAUCGGGUCCUCUCACCUAGUUCUGAUAUCGGCUUUCAAAAAUGGAUCUUGCAUGUUUUGGAUUGCUUCUAAGUCCCUCUGUCAUAAUUUCAGGUGUCAAAAUUGGUCAAAUGAUGAUUAAAAUACUUCAGGUCCAAAUUA